AUGCCGAAUCCCAUCCAGGAUAUUACCCGCGUAGACGCGACCUCGUUUCCAUACAUCUACGAGGAGAAUGUCACAAUCCCCUUGAAGGACAACGCCGGAUUGAUUCGGUGCAAUGUCUAUCGGCCCAAGGAUGUCGAAAACUCUCCGGUAUUGGUUACUUAUGGGCCAUACGGCAAGGAUAUCCACUACAAAGAUUUCCACUCUAAGUCUUAUAGCGAAGUAAAUCCAGAGCACCAUUCCGACCAUUCAGCAUGGGAGACUCCGGAUCCUGGGUUCUGGACCCAGCAUGGCUAUGCCGUUGUUCGAGCCGACGAGCGUGGCUUAGGUCAAUCGCCGGGCGUUCUGGACACCAUGUCGCGAGGCACCAGCGAGGCCUUUGUCGAUGUAGUCGAAUGGGCCGCUGAGCAGCCGUGGUCAAGCGGAAAGGUUGGUCUCCUCGGCAUCAGUUACUACGCUGGUAGCCAGUGGCGUGUCGCUGCGCGUCAGCCUAAAGGCCUAGCGUGUAUAAUUCCCUGGGAAGGCAUGUCAGAUUAUUACCGCGAUCGAUGCCGUCAUGGAGGGAUUCUGUCCAACAAAUUUAUCAAGUUCUGGUGGGAUCGCCAGGUGAUCACGAAUCAAUAUGGACGACCUGGACGUGCUGCUCGCAACUGGGGUCCCGAUACUAUUGAGGGUGACCUGUCGGAGGAAGAAUUGUUAGCGAAUCGCAACGACCAGACUAUCGAUAAUGCCACCCAUAAGUUCCGCGACGAGCCAUACUAUGCCUCCAAAGAGUAUAAUAUGGAGGAUAUUAAGGUCCCAUUGCUCUCCGUCGCGAACUGGGGUGGUAUUCUCCUGCACCUCCGUGGCAAUGUGAUCGGCUACAUGAACGCAGGUUCCGAACACAAAUAUUUGAGAUUCAUAACCGGACGCCAUGACUUGCCAUUCUACUAUCAUGAAGAGGUCGAGCUGCAGAGAAGCUUCCUUGAUGCGUUUCUUAAGGGAGAGGAUCGAGAGGGAUGGAGCACUGGCCAGGCUCCCAAGGUGGAUGUCUUGCUGCGCAAAGGAAAUGUUGGCUUUGACAACGCCGAGGCCGAAAGAGCCUAUACUCGCCGAACUGAGAACGAAUGGCCCAUCGCUCGUACCCAGUACACAAAGUUCUUCCUCACUCCAGAUCUGCAGCUGCAGACGCAAUCGCCUCAGUCAAAAUUAGUCAAGGUUGAUUACCGCGCAUUGGGUACUCUAGAAAGCCCUCAGCUUGUCCAAUUUAGCACGCCUGCUUUUGAACAAGAAACGGAGAUCACCGGCCAUAUUGUCGCCCAUCUAAACGUGUCUGUCAGUCCCGAUAAGGGAGGUCCGCUUCCCUCCGACAUUGAUCUCUUCCUGACCCUGCGGUAUAUCUCGCCUACCGGUGAGGAGGUAUACUACACUGGUACCGCUGGAGAUCCCGUACCGUUGGCCAAAGGUUGGCUGCGCGUCAGUAUGCGCAAGGUGAACGAGAAGCAUCUGCGGCACCGUGAAUACUUGCCGCACCGUGAUUACUUCUCCACGGAUGUGUUGCCUGUAAUGCCCGGAGAGGUCUAUCCGGUAGAUGUAGAGAUCUGGCCGAGCAACGUAGUAGUCGAAAAAGGUGGUAAGAUCGUCCUGGAGGUGUCGUCGGGCGACACUCAGGGGUCAGGAAUCUUCCAACACAAUGACCCUAAUGAUCGCUCUCCCGAGAAACUGCAAGGAACCAACCACAUACAUUUCGGGCCGGCGUACGAGAACUAUGUGACUCUUCCUACAAUUCUCCGGCAUCGUCCCAUUGCGCCCGAGGGCAACGACGGUGGACCCGAACAAGAACCCGAAGACCUCGAAGUCCUCGCUGUUCAAAUCUCAAAUAUCCGUCCUCUCCAACGCUUCGUCACUACUCAUGAUGACAACGGCCAAGCCAUCUUCUCCAACCGACUAUCUGAAGAUAUGCCCGUCCAGAACGUCGAUCAGGUGACCUUCAGUCUUGCCUACACCUCGGAGCAAUUCCCUUCUCAGUUGUCGGGUGAUGCAGAUAUUGCCAGCUACGAACGCCGUCUUUCCUCCCCACCAGGCUUGAGCAUCUCCACGGGCACCGUUUGCCGUAUUGUGGAUAUGCCACCCAACACAAUCAGUCCAAUGCAUCGGACCGUCUCGCUAGACUACGGUGUCGUCCUGGAAGGCGAGGUCGAACUUCUUCUCGACAGUGGUGAGAAGCGACUAUUAAAGAGGGGAGAUGUUGCCGUGCAACGAGCUACGAACCAUGCCUGGCGCAACGUUACCCCCAACGAGGGUUGGUCUCGUAUGUUAUACGUUUUGACUCCUUGUCAACCAGUGGAGGUGAAAAAUAAGGGCGUUCUCGGGGAGGAUUUGAAUGGCAUGGGUGUGAAGUCCAGUGAAUAG